GCUCAGCAUGCCAACCAACAGUGCAGAUUAAGCCCCAGAAUCGCAUCCGACGACUCGCGGUAGCUCACAAAGAACAAGGGUUAGGGCGUUUUCCCGUUCGAUUCCUUCGUUUAAUCAGAGCGAUUUCUGUUCAAUCAGUAAAUCUAGGGUUAGGGAUUUGAAUCGGAUGGAGAUGGAUUAUGUGACGGAGUUCCCUCUUUCCCACAUUGAUCGGCGUCCAAGGAAGAGGCCCAGGAUUGCUUGGGACGUCCCUCAAGGCCACCCAAAGGCUCAGUCAGGAAUAUAUUAUGAGCAAGAUGUUGGAAAUGGGACAAGCUUUGGACCUCCAAGGGUACUCCCAGACCAUCCUAGUCUUUUUGUAAAGGGAUUGACUCAAAAAGGCUCUCCCCCAUGGCGAGAUGAUGACAAAGAUGGGCAUUACAUGUUUGCGCUGGGAGAGAAUUUAACUUCUCGCUAUAAGAUUCACAGAAAAAUUGGUGAAGGAACUUUUGGUCAGGUUUUGGAAUGCUGGGAUAGGGAAACAAAAGAGGUGGUAGCUAUAAAAGUUGUCAGAAGUAUUAAGAAAUAUCGUGAAGCAGCAAUGAUAGAAGUUGAUGUGCUACAGUUGCUUGGGAAGUAUGACAGAAAUGGCAGUCGUUGUGUUCAAAUACGGAACUGGUUUGACUAUCGUAACCAUAUAUGUAUAGUAUUUGAGAUGCUUGGACCAAGCUUAUACGAUUUCCUCCGGAAAAAUAAUUAUCGCCCAUUUCCGGUUGAUCUUGUCCGCGAGCUUGGCAGGCAACUGUUGGAAUGUGUAGCAUUCAUGCAUGAUAUGCGUCUCAUCCAUACUGACUUGAAGCCUGAAAACAUACUUUUUGUGUCUUCAGAGUAUGUUAAAGUACCAGACUACAAGUUUACAUCCCGGUCACCAAAAGAUGGAACCUGUCAUAAAAGGUUGCCAAAGUCUAGUGCUAUCAAGGUCAUUGAUUUUGGUAGCACUGCCUAUGACCAUCAAGAGCACAACUACAUUGUCUCGACAAGGCACUACCGCGCACCAGAGGUUAUUCUUGGUCUUGGAUGGAGUUAUCCAUGUGACAUAUGGAGUGUUGGUUGCAUCUUGGUAGAAUUGUGUUCGGGAGAAGCUUUGUUUCAGACACAUGAGAACUUAGAACAUCUAGCUAUGAUGGAGAGGGUCUUAGGUCCAUUUCCACCGCACAUGUUGAGAAGAGCAGACCGGCACGCUGAGAAGUAUGUCAGGAGGGGUAGAUUGGACUGGCCAGAAGGUGCAACUUCACGGGAAAGUAUUAAAGCCGUUUUAAAGCUACAUCGUCUCCAGAAUAUAGUUAUGCAGCAUGUAGAUCAUUCAGCUGGGGAUCUCAUCGACCUCCUGCAAGGUCUCCUUAGAUAUGACCCCUCCAAUAGGCUAACAGCUCCUGAGGCCCUUAGGCAUCCGUUCUUUACCAGGGAUCAUUUCAGGAGGUUUUAGUGAUGAGUUGCCAAAUUCAUUCUUGCAGUGUUAGUAGGUUUAAUCGGAGUGCAUUGUGAAGUUGUGGAUUUUUGAAGAGCGGGGUUGCUUGCUUUCCUGAAUGUUGUUAUUUCUUGGCAUACACAAGCAUAAAGGGCUGGCCAGGAAUUCUCAAUUUCUGUCAUUUCACUUUCGGGUGAAAGCUUCUGUAAAUAUCCUCUCUCAUAAGUUUCUCCUUCGAUUUUGUACCAUGAAAAUGAAAUGUAACAAGUUUCCCAUACAAUGAGGUGAUCCGCUUUCUGAACGAGGUUAGCCUUCACCAUAAGCAUGUGCAUGUGUUUGUUUAAGUUUUCUUAGAAAAUGAACAUAUGGCUGUUACAGACAUGCUACUGAAUAAUACUGUGCUUCACAUAUUGCAAUAAAUUUCGUUUUUGUUA